CCCAAGAUGGCAAGAGCUUUUGCCUUCACAAAUCUCUUCAAUAAACCAUUUCAAAGGCUGAAGCCAAAACAGAAACAGUAACUCGAAGAAUCAAAAUUACAAUAGAAAUGGAGUUUCCACCACGGACACUUAUCCAAGUCAUGGACCCUCCCAUGGCUCUCAUCCUCAUCGUCUCUCUAGUCUUCUUCCUCGGCCUCAUCUGGCGGACGCGAAGACGACGGCCGUUUCCUCCCGGACCGAGAGGCUUACCGAUCAUCGGAAACAUGUUGAUGAUGGACCAACUCACGCACCGUGGCUUAGCCAAGUUGAGCCAAAAAUACGGCGGUUUGUUCCAUCUCCGGAUGGGCUUUCUUCACAUGUUCGCCGUCUCGUCGCCCGAAGUGGCACGACAAGUCCUACAGGUUCAAGACAACAUCUUCUCGAACCGACCCGCGACCAUCGCUAUAUCGUAUUUGACGUACGACAGAGCUGACAUGGCGUUUGCCCACUAUGGACCCUUUUGGCGACAGAUGAGGAAAGUGUGCGUCAUGAAGGUUUUCAGCCGCAAAAGGGCCGAGUCGUGGGCAUCGGUUCGGGACGAAGUGGACAAGAUGGUUCGGACCGUGGUGAGCAACGUUGGCAAACCCGUGAACGUUGGUGAGCUUAUAUUCGCUCUAACGAGGAACAUAACGUACCGAGCCGCGUUUGGCUCGGCUUGCGAAGAAGGGCAAGAUGAGUUCAUUAGGAUCUUGCAAGAGUUCUCUAAGCUCUUCGGAGCGUUCAAUAUCGCGGAUUUUAUACCGUAUCUUGGUUGGAUCGAUCCACAGGGGAUUAACCGACGUCUCGUGAACGCCCGUAAAGCCCUCGAUGGAUUCAUCGAUGACAUCAUCGACGAACACAUGAAGAAGAGGGACAAACAGAAUGUUGAUGAUGAUGUUGAUACCGACAUGGUCGAUGAUCUGCUCGCGUUCUACAGCGAAGAGGCGAAAUUGAACGAGUCCGAUGAUCUUCAGAACUCGAUCAAGCUCACUCGUGACAACAUCAAAGCCAUCAUCAUGGACGUAAUGUUUGGAGGAACAGAGACGGUGGCGUCGGCGAUAGAGUGGGCCCUAACGGAGCUUCUACGAAGUCCAGAAGACCUAAAGAGGGUACAACAAGAGCUCGCAGAGGUGGUGGGUCUCGACCAGCGCGUGGAGGAGACGCACAUGGAGAGGCUCACCUUCCUCAAGUGCUGUCUGAAAGAAACCCUAAGGCUUCACCCUCCCAUCCCUCUCCUCCUCCAUGAGACCGCCGAAGACGCCGAGAUUGACGGGUUCUUCGUCCCGAAGCGGUCUCGCGUCAUGAUCAACGCAUUCGCGAUCGGUCGCGACCCGAAUUCGUGGUCCGACCCGGAUAGAUUCGACCCGUCGAGGUUUCUGAAGCCUGGUGUGCCGGAUUUCAGGGGGAGCAAUUUCGAGUUUAUACCGUUCGGGUCGGGUCGGAGAUCGUGCCCGGGUAUGCAGCUCGGUUUGUACGCUCUCGACUUGGCGGUGGCUCAUCUUCUUCAUUGCUUCACUUGGGAUCUGCCGGACGGGAUGAAGCCCGGCGAUCUCGACACGGACGACGUCUUCGGCCUCACCGCUCCCAGAGCCACGCGCUUGAUAGCCGUGCCCUCCACGCGCCUCAUCCCCUCCGUCUACUGACACGUGGCUUUUGAGAUGUGAAAAGACGAAACAAUCCCUUGUGGUUGUGGGUUCAUUCAGGGUUUUACUUGUGGAAGGUGUUUGUACGUAAUCUGGCUGGAGAGAUCGUCUCUCUUUUGUUUUCUCGCCUAUGACAAUUUUUUUCUUAAAAAAAAAAAUCUAUCGCAUUGUUAAAUAAAUAAUAAACUCGAAAUUUAAGCGACUUCGAGAAAGGGAACCUGUAAAUGUCUUUUUUGUUUUGUUUUGUCGUAAUAUUUUCACAUUA